CCUGUCUGGCUCCUACCACAAGGAUAUUCAGAAGUGGGAGCCACGGUUGUGUUAAACUUCUUAUUUAUUUGGAACCCAAGUAUGCCGAUUUGACCUCAGAGAAUGGAACUACCAGUAGCAAGCAUUCUUCUUCUCCUGGUUGCCUUGACGGCUGCCCAUGGUGAGAGAUAUGUUGUCAAGAAGGCGAUGAAGGCCCCUCAGUACCAGCCUUACUCAGUAAAAAGCCAUGUGGUAUCCGUAGCAGGAGAACCAGGCACCCCUGGUGAGCCAGGCCCACCUGGACCUCCUGGCCCCCCUGGAGAACGAGGAGAAUAUGGUGAAGGACUGCCAGGGCCACAGGGACCCCCUGGACCACCUGGUCCUGCUGGUUACUCAGCACAUGGAAAACCUGGUACUCCAGGUGGAUCCGGCAAACCUGGAGCCACAGGUGCACCUGGACUUAAUGGAGAUACUGGUGCACCUGGUCCUCAAGGCCCCAGAGGAAUGCCUGGUCCUGUUGGUAGCCCUGGACCAGCAGGCAUUUCUGCAACAGGCAAACCUGGAACAGCAGGUCUGCCAGGAGCAGUGGGACCACAGGGUGCGCCAGGUAUUAAAGGACAUCCAGGUAUUCCUGGUGCGCCAGGACAAAAAGGAGAAAGGGGUAUUGGGGUUCAGGGGCCACCAGGUGGGAGAGGUCCAGCAGGACCAGUGGGCGCUACUGGAAAGCCUGGUGAGCCUGGUGUUGGAAGAUCUGGCAAAUCUGGACUUCCUGGUGAACCAGGUAAAUCAGGCUCACCUGGCCGUGAUGGGGAACCUGGACCCAUGGGUGCACCAGGUACAAAAGGUCAAACGGGUGCUCCUGGAAUUGGAAUUCCAGGCAAGCCAGGUGAGAAUGGUGCUCCAGGUAUGCCUGGCCCUGCUGGCCCCAAAGGUCCACAAGGUGCAGCUAGUGCUCCUGGUGCUCCUGGUGUUCCAGGUUAUGGCAAACCAGGUGAACCUGGUGCAAAAGGUGAGAGGGGAGUAGCUGGUAGCCCAGGUACAACAGGUCAGAAAGGUGAGCCAGGUUCUAAAGGGCACACUGGAUAUCCAGGUGCCACUGGUCCUAUGGGUCCAGCUGGUCCUCAAGGGGCAAGAGGUUUCCCAGGUGAGAGGGGAGCAACAGGUGAUAAGGGUGAUCAAGGUCCAAUGGGACCUCCAGGGCUGAAGGGGCACAAGGGAGAACAGGGACCCCAAGGCAUUGAAGGCAAGCAGGGUUAUCCAGGUGCCACAGGCCAAUCUGGUCCCAGGGGAGCUACUGGUGCACUUGGCAACAAAGGAGAUGCUGGCCAAACAGGUGUUCCUGGUGCCCCAGGAACAUCUGGGCCUGUUGGACCAAAGGGUCAUACAGGAUAUCCUGGAGCAGCAGGUGAAAAAGGAGAGGCAGGUGCUCCUGGAGCAAGAGGCCCCAUUGGCCCAGCAGGUCCUUCAGGCCUACCUGGCCUUAAAGGUCACCCAGGUAUUCCUGGAUCACCUGGCCCAGCUGGUUUGGCUGCCAAAGGAAUUCCUGGACCUCAGGGUCCACCUGGACUUCCUGGAUCUGAUGGACCUGCUGGACUUCCGGGUCCUGCUGGACCUCCCGGCCCUCCUGGUCCUCCUGGUGAGGCCAUAUUUGAGAAGGCCCAAAGUGAAAUUUCAUACCCAGUUCUUGUCAAAAGUCCUGUGUCUGCAUUCACUGUUGCAACUGUGACACCUUAUCCCCCAUCUGGCAGAUAUAAGAUUUAA